AUAUGUAUACACGCACACAGCUGUCGCGUAUACAUGUGUGAAUCAUAUAUAUAUGUUGCGUGUACGUGCGCAGUAAACGCGUCAGUCUGACUGUCUGACAUCGCGUCGCAAUUAGUUGGUAAACUGGUCGAGCUCGCGCGCGAGUAAGGUCGAGUGCGGGACGAAUUUAACGAAACUUCAAGUAUAACUUGAAAUUGGGAUCUCGACAGUGACCGUGAUACUACGUCACAGUGACAACAAUGUCCCUAAUUAUGGAUUGUUUUCGUCAGUAGCGGACGCUACGCAUAAAGGUCUCUCGCUCCUUUUCUCUAUAGGCGAAGCGACUACUCCCGCUGAGAAUUUUAUGUCUCUCGGAACACCGUGAAAUCGCGAAAUCGUUCUUUCACGUAGCUGUGUGCGUGUUUUGUGCGACCCUCGCCGGAGAGACGAUAAUUCGAAUCGUAGGGAGUCCGAGAAAGAGGCGAGCGUCUUUGUCUCUCCGUGAGUUUGAUCGCGUCGUUUGUUUCGAUCUCGCUCGCUCUCGUUUCGUCUUCGUAUAUCCGUCUCUCUCUAUCGCGUAGCGCGCAAAGCGUACGAAGGCAAGGACUAGCUCGCGAUCCUGUGGGAGCUCUUAUUUCGCGUUUAAAGAGUCCGUUCUAGAACUCUAUCACCUUCCCCCAAAUCCUUGAUUAGCUAUCUGUAAUGUGCAAGUACAGUAAACAAGGCGGGAAGAUCUCUACGUCGACGAUUAAUCUCGUACACUCGAAAAGGAAAGGAAUCUUCAUAUACAUAAAAGAGAUGCCCAACCACUUGAUAAGUCUUCGAAGUCGAAGAAGCUUUCUGACAUUUCGCUUAUACUGAACGGCUUGGCUGUAAGAAAAUCUGAGAAAACCGAUUAAGAUUCGCUUGGAUAGCGAGCAACGACAAGGGCUCUUCAGAUCACAGAAAUGUCAACAUUGUAAGACAGGUGACCUGAUCAAGGAGACUAAAUACAACAAUUUCCAGCUCGGGGCUCAGUUGUUUGCAUAAUCAGAGCUAUCGCGGUUAUUGUCAUCAUGAAAUUGCUGGAGAAUACAUGUUUCGAAGCUUUAAACAGUGCCUUGUCCAUCGAGACUGGAGAUAGCAAGAUAAUUGCAAGGAUCGAGAGUUACUCUUGCAAAAUGGCAGGCAAUGAUAAACAGAUGUACAAACGAUUCAACUCAGAAGAGGGAGUUACGCCGCACGAUUUGCAAGCUUUAUCACCGCCGCAGACGUUUUUAGGAACCUCUCCAGCUCAGGGAUACUUGAGUCAUAGUGUCUCUGGCGACGAAGAGGGAGCGACUGCGUUGUGCGAUACUAUCAAUAGAAAAACAUUGUUUUACUUGACUACUACGUUAAAUUCAACUUUUAAUCAGGACUACGAUUUCUCAGAUGCCAAGAGCGAAGAGUUUAGCAAAGAACCGAAUUUACAAUAUGUAAAGAACGCGGUACAAAGCCAUCUCAACGCCGCUGCGAAUGAUCAUUAUCGCGAUUUGCAUGAUGCUCUGUGGGCGGCCAUUGACGAAGAGAUAUCAUUGAAGGAAUGUGAUAUCUACAGUUAUAAUCCGGAUUUUGCAUCAGAUCCAUUUGGGGAAGAUGGAUGCCUGUGGUCCUUUAAUUACUUGUUCCACAAUAAAAAGUUAAAGCGUAUUGUAGUUUUCACCUGCAGAGCGAUAAACCCUCUCUACAUACCAGAUUCCGGAGUUGGUAGUGACUUCGCUAUGGAUGAAGAUGACGAGGAUUGUUAUUAUUAAAUCAAACGUGUGUAUAUAUUAUAUUAUAUUAUAUUUGCAUAUAUAGUUGCAGUCCCUACGAGUCCACGAUUUUUUUUAGGCAUAUAAUGCCAAAUAAGUACUCGUUUAUUCCCAACUCUACAUAACUUUGAAUUUUAGUAUUAUCCUACUAUACUAUUCAUAAUAAGUUGGUUAGAACGCUUUUUUUUUUAAAUGCCGCAAGAAUUUAGAAUUUCUGUCUACUUAUUACUAGUGUAAGUAAUAAGUCACUUUACUGCAAAAGUUUUUAGAAGAUAAACAUCUUACUUUCAUAGUUUAUUAAAAGAUAUUGACCUUUAAUACCUUUUAACGAAAUCUCUUGUGAGAAAGAAUAAUUUUUUUUUAUAUAUAAGAAGUAGAUGCACAUAUAUCCUACAUAUAUAUAAUCUCUUUAUGUGUGAAAAUUUUAUGAAUUUAUUAGCGUAAAUUAUAAGGAUUCUCUCUUCUGUCUCUUUAUAAUAUCAUUAUGUUAUCACUCUCUAUACAACUGUAUUCUGAACGUAUAUUUUGAGAGCAAAAUAUGUGUGCAUAAUAAAACCCGUUGUUAUAUAUAUAA